UUUCCCAAUUUCUCUCUCACACAGACACACACCACUUUUAGUGACUCUCACUCUAGCUACCCCCAAUUUGUUCUCCUCUCAGAAUUUAGGGUUUCUGUUGCCUCCAAAAGUUUAAAGUUCUCCCCCUCCCUGUUAACUCCUCUUCAACCUUCAGCUUAACUUAUCCCUUCUUCUUCUUCGAUCCAGUUCCGCCGGAUUCAUAGAUCCGACAAGCUCUUAGUUUCGACCUCGUAAUCGCAUUGUUGUAUUACUUCUUUCUUUCUUUCUAUCUAGCUAAGGGCAUCUGUACCUACAUUCAACAUGUUCUGGAAACUCACAUCUCUAUCCGCCUCUUCACCUGUUGAAUCUGUGUUAGACAAGGAUAACUUUACUUUGGAGGAGCUUCUUGAUGAAGAGGAGAUCAUCCAAGAAUGCAAAGCAUUGAAUAGUCGGCUCAUUAACUUUUUACGAGAAAGAGCUCAGGUGGAGCAGUUGCUGCAUUAUAUUGUCGAAGAGGCUCCAGAAGACGCAGAAAGCAAACGAGUCUUCAAGUUUCCCUACAUUGCUUGUGAGAUAUUUACAUGUGAAAUUGAUGUUAUACUGAGGACUUUCGUUGAGGAAGAUGAGCUUAUGACUUUGUUUUUCUCUUUCUUGGACCCAAAUCGUCCACAUAAUGCAUUGUUGGCUGGUUAUUUCAGCAAGGUUGUUAUCUGCCUCAUGUUGCGGAAGACAGUACCACUCGUGAACUAUGUUCAAGCUCAUCCAAAUGUUCUGUAUCAGCUAGUUGAUUUGAUUGGCAUUACAUCCAUCAUGGAGGUUUUGGUUCGCCUAGUGGGAGCUGAUGAUCAAUUCUACCCCAAUUCUUUGGAUGUUAUGAGUUGGUUGGCUGAUAGCAAUUUGUUAGAAAUGAUUGUGGAUAAAUUAAGUCCAUCUACACCUCCUGAAGUUCAUGCUAAUGCUGCAGAAACAUUAUGUGCUAUAACCCGUAGUUCCCCAUCAGCCCUGGCAACUAAACUCUCAAGUCAAAGUUUUGUUGCAAGGAUAUUCACUCAUGCACUUGAAGGACCGAAUUCAUCAUCUGGACUUGUCCACUGUUUAUCAGUUUGUAUUUCUUUGUUGGACCCCAGGAUAUCUUAUUUCUCUCCUCUGCUACGAAGUCAGCACAUAUAUGAGUCUUCAACACCUGUGAAUUCCGAGACAGUCAAUGCAAUGCUGCCCAGACUUGGAGAAUUGCUGAAGUUAUUGAAUGUUUCUUCUGAUGAGAAAGUCCUGCCUACAACUUAUGGUGAACUGAGGCCACCUCUGGGGAAGCACCGCCUAAAGAUUGUGGAGUUCAUUGCCAUACUGCUGAAAACUGGUAAUGAUGUUGCAGAAAAGGAACUGAUCAACUCAGGAACAAUUAGGAGAGUUGUUGAUCUCUUCUUUGAGUAUCCAUUCAACAAUGCGUUACAUCAUCAUGCAGAGAGUCUUAUAUAUUCUUGCUUGGAGAGUAAAAAUACGACUCUUGCUGAUCAUCUGAUUCAAGAUUGUGAUUUGAUUGGGAAGAUUCUUGAAACAGGCAAGAACCCCAUUAACUACGGUUGUCUGAAACAGCCAACUUUAAAUGCUACUGGAAGAAAGGCACCGCGAGCAGGGAAUAUUGGACACAUUACACGAAUUUGUAAUAAGCUGGUGCAUUUGGGGAGUAAUAACAAUCACAUUCAGGCAUUUCUUCAGGGAAAUUGUGAAUGGGAUGAUUGGCAAUGUAGUGUCUUACAGGAGCGUAAUAAUGUUGAAAACGUCCAUAGAUGGGCUUGUGGCCGGCCAAUUGCUUUUCAAGAUAGGGCCAAGGACAGUGAUGAGGAUGACAUGCAUGACAGAGAUUAUGAUGUAGCAGAUUUAGCUAAUAAUCUCAGUCAGGCAUUUAGAUACAACGUAUAUGACAAUGAGGAUGCUGAAGAGGGUAAUGGUGACCUUGACCAUGAUGAUGAGGAUGUUUACUUGGAUGAUGAAUCUGCUGAAGUUGUGAUAUCUUCCCUCAGGCUUGGUGAUAAUUGGGGCAGUUUUUCUGCAAACUCCAAUUGGUUUGCAUUUCAAGACAAUGGAAUGGCAGAUUCCCAUGUGGAAAGUAUGGAAUCGGAGAUUAUGGAAGAGAUAAACUUGGAAAACAAGUCAGGCAAUGAGAACAGCAGUGGCAGCAGCAGUGAUGAUGAAGUCGUGGUCAGAGAGGCUGAUGAUGAUGAGAAUAAUGAAGGAUUCGUUCAAGAAAACGAGGCACCAAGUGCUUCUGGUGAUGCUAGUUCCUUCCAUGAUAAUCUCGUCGGAGAAUCAUCGGGUGAUUUGUCAGACAUCCUGCGAAAUGAAAUCAAAAGCCAGGAUGUAACUCCUCUUAUGAGAGAAGCAAUGCCAAAUGGAACCUUAACCGUCACAGACUCGGAUCAAAGGGUUUCUUCAGAUCCUUGUUUGUUUGAUGAAGAGAAGAACAUAAACCCAAAGUCAGCACAAGAUAAUGAAAAUAAGUCCGAUGACAGUGGAGGAGGUGUCAUGGAGUUCAACGAUGCUAACUACUGGAGGGUGGAUCAAGAAGUUGCGGUUAUUGAGUAAAACUAAGAUUAUAAGUUAGUUACUUGCACUGACAACUGGCUGAAUGGAUGAAUGGAGGAUGGAUACAUCGGAAAAAGGGGGUUCUCAGACAAUAAUUUUCUAGAAGAAGAAGAAGAAGAAGCAGCAGCAGCAACAGGCUUCCAUUGUAUAUCAUCUUCUCAUUAGUAUUCAUUUUUGCCUGUCCAAAUUUCUUACAUGAGAGUUGGAUCUUCCUUCCUCCUUAAUUAAUUUUGGGGAUCUUUUUGUUCUUGACUCGUUAAUGAGGUUCUGUUUCUCAUACUUUAUUAUUGCUAGUUAUAACAACAAAAAUGCAUUUAUUCCAUG